AUGCAUGUGGAAAAGUUGGAGGAAAUCGUUCAGUUGUUAAGAUCCAAAGUUGUCAGGAAAAACAAAGCAGGUUAAUAAAUGUACUUAAACUUUUAAGUAAAACUGGUAAACUGGAAACGUGUAGGAACACGAUAUAGCUGAGGAAAUAAGAAGUUUCUGCGCGAUCCUUAGAAAAAUUUUUGUAAAUUGGUGUAUGUCCACGCGUUAUUCACAUGGCCAUGCAGAAGUGGCCGCUAUGGAAUAUUGAUAACUGGACUGAAUUUUUUCUAGGGAACAAGCUGACUAAGAUUUGGUCAAAGUAAGGCAUUAAGCUCUCCAACCCUAGCGAGAUAAUUUAGGGUUUUGAUACAUUCUCUUUCAACAUGUUUAACUUUACUUCCAAGUUAAAGUAUCCAAAUAAAAGCAUUCUCCAUUUAUCUUUUGAGUAGGGAUCUGGAAUUUACCAAAAUUCUAAAAACCGCACACCGCUUGGUCUUGGAAAACCACGGCACCAGGGAUUUCCUUAAAAAUUUCCCCAAUAGCGCAUCACCGCAAAUCCUUAGGCCUCCCUUGAUAGAUGUGGCGGCCAUGACGUCAUGUGAAAACAAUCCAUAUUAUACGCAAGUUUAUUUCCGUUGACCGUCAAUCGAAAAGACAGAGAUGUAUUUUGUUUGUUUUUUUUUUUCCCAGAUGUAAUUUUUUCCACGGCUCACAAAGCAAAAGGCCUGGAAUUUGAUCAUGUGCGUGUGGCAGAAGACUUCCUUUCUGGAUUGGACUCGGGGCUUUACCUCGGUGAGUUGACGACCGGUUCAGCUUGUGUGUGUUUUCCAUCCGCUUGUACAACAACCACCUCGUAAAGGAUAAUAGACCUUUUCGGCUUGUAUGUUUUUUCCCCCGCUUCAGACUACGUAAUGUUUUUCAAUAAAGUGUGCAUGCAUAUGUCACCGGUCAAAAUUAAAUACAGAUUAGAAUUUUUCAACCUAAGUUCAUUCGUAAUUUACGUUGUCUCCUAGCCCUUAUUCAUGAAUAAUCAGGGGUAGGAAACAUAUAUACAGUAGGAUAAGAUGACAUUUGGAAGAACGUCACUUGGUCUGAAAUAGGAAAACAAAACAUACAAGCUAAGAAGGUCUAUAAAGUGCAUCGAAGAACAUUUUAGUAAUCUUAAUUGUGGUGGUCAAUCCAACUAUUUCAUCCACAAACCAAUUCGUUGAACCACCAUGUUCAGUCAACCCCCAUAUGGCGGACACCCAUCUUGACGGCGAGUUAGGUGGCCUGGAUAGCAAGGGUCCGCAAUAGCGGGGUGCGAAAAGAAUUUCGCUUAAAAGCAUUUGCAUUAGUGGGCUAUCAUGCAUUUACAUUUACAACAGUUUUGAUUGAUGCGCAACGGAAGAAUCCGUUAAUCCAACCAAAACGAUGCAUAUGAUAAAAAAAGAAAACAGAUGAAAUAUUUUUAGUCAUGUCUGAAUGCUGAAAGAUGUCGCUCGGUAGAACAAUGAUAAAAUGGAGUUGUUGGGACGUUAAAAGUGGCCUUAACGGGAGUUGUUUUUAUUUCUGGUGUCGUCGUUGUAAUUGUUUUUUUUUUUUUCAGUCCAACAUCUGUAAGUUAUCCCUAUUCUAGGUCUUCUAGGGAUGUCCAUCUGAGCGAAGGAAUCGAACCCGCGGCCUCUUCCUCAAUAAGUCAAGCGCUCUACCGACCGAGCUAGUCUAGCCGCGGUCGGACUUAAAGUUUAUCCUUAAAUUUGUAAUGCUAGUUAUUUGAUUAACGUUUUUAGGCGAACUGGAGGAUGAUGAAAAGAACCUUUUGUAUGUAGCGGUUAGCCGGGCCAAGAAGUCCCUUAGACUCAGCCAGAAAAUUGUGAACCUCAUACACUUACAAAAGGUACUGAGUUUAACUACUAUGCUAAGUUGUUGCUUUUUGGUUGUUUGUUUCCUCUCCAAAUACACCACGUAUUUUCUAAAAAAGAAGGUCAACUCAAGUCCGUGUUCAGAAUUUCUUACCUUUGCGUAGCGUCUUCGAAUCGUUCAAUUCUAGCCUUAAACAUCAAAGAACUAUUAUACCUGUAACUAUGGCCAAGUGCCUGUGAAAUGUUAUCCCGCUCGAGAUAAGAAACUUAUUCUUUGUCGUUGCAAAUUUCCGCUUUUGUCCAUCCACAUGUACGCAUUCGAGAAAAGGGCGUUUUCAAUUACUUCCUGACUCUGAAGAGUGUUUUAAGGGACCGUUUUGUUCGAAUACGGGUGAACAGAAGGGCAAUCUGGAGAAAAACUAUCCUUUUUCAAGUAAAAAUGAAUGCGUGUGGAGGUCUUUGUUUAGCAUAGCCGAAGUGAAGUAACCACAAAUAACACACACCCACACAUAUGUUAUACUCUCUUUACCAGUCCUGUGUUGCAGGAGCAAGUUCUUUUUGUAAUUUCAGCUUCCUUUAUUUACAGCCCUGUGUCAAGUGUAAGAGCCAAGUUGUAGAAGAACUCAUCGUUUCGGUAAGUGCUUUG